UUGCCCAGAAAGUGUUGUAAUCGGCUAUAGUUGCACUUAAUUUCACAGAUCACGAGAAUGCUUUUGAAAUUUGUAGCAGUAGUAGCGGUGGCAUGUCUGUUUACUGUACGGAUACCACUGGCGCAGCCGUUCGGUGUCAACUUCUUAGCGUGCCACAUCGAUGUCCCGUGCGGCAUUGCUGACAACGCUUUUAUCGGGAACCUAACGAUUCACCAAGUGUUCUGGCCAGUGACCUGGACACUGACGUACUUGGGAGGUGACCCCACUGACAGCAACAGCGGCUACUUCGCCGUCUCCACCACUACCGGCCAGAUCACCACCACAACGGCGGCCACCGUGCCUCGGCCCACGACUUACACGCAGCAGGUGUGGAAGGUGGACGGGACGGAUGCGUCCGGCUCCAAGAAUCUGGUGUCGGCUUACCUCAUCAUUAAAUGGCCUGGCCACUGUAACGGCGCGACUGGAUAAGGUUACCGGAUGACGCACAAUAAAAUCGAAUAGGCAUAACGUUUUCACGCAGGCGUUGGACAAUGCAUGUUUUUUACGUUAAGCGCAGGAUGUUAACUUGCUGUUCCAUACGUUUAUACUAUUACGUACUCUCCUUAAUCAAACACUGAAAUAAAGU